UCAUCUGUAGUGUCAUCCAACCGAACGGCGAAAAAAUUUGCCUGAAAAUCUUCCUGCCAUCAAUGCCAACAAUCAAGAUAGAUGAGAUAAAAACAUUAUGUAAUAUUAGUCAUUUGCAGUCAUUUGUAAAAAAAAAUUGGAGAAUUGGGAUCGUUCGUAAUAAUUUUCGUUCGUAAUAUAAUUUUGCUCCAAGUUCCGUGCCGAAAAUAAUCAAAAUGAUGCGUUUACGUUGUGCUAUGAACACCGUAAAAAUGAUUCGCGGCAGUCGAUUCAUGAGUGGCACUACUCAAUCUGUGGAUACAACUUAUAUGGAAAUUCCUGUAUACAAUGUAGACAAACCACAAGCAUUAGACAAGAGGAAGGCAAGACUUCAGUACCAGUCCCGUAAACGCGGCAUGCUGGAGAAUGAUCUUCUACUCAGCACUUUUGCUAAGAAGUACUUGGAUGGUUUAUCCGAGGAACAAACUAUGAUGUAUGACCGUCUUAUCAACUCUCCGAGCAAUGACUGGGAUAUUUAUUACUGGAUUGUGGAGAAAAAGCCAACACCUAAAGAGUUUGACAAUGAGAUAAUGAAUAUGCUUAAGAAACAUGCCAAGAAUGAGGAACGUGUAAUUCUUUCACAACCAGAUUUAUAUUGAAACGAUCAGAUGCUUAAUUCUAGUAGACAUUUAACUUAAAGUAUUAAAUGUAUUAUACAUUUUAAAUUUUAAUCUUACAUUGUUUAUCUUUGGCAAAACAUCUUCAGAUAACAAGAGUCACCUUAAUCAAAACUAAAGAAUAUUAUAUAGCUUUUUAAGACAAGAUGGCAUUUAGAUAUACAUUCAUAGAUAACAGAAAAUAUUUUUGCAGUUCUUGAGAUACAAAUGCAUAAGUUUAUUUUUAAAUAGUAUUAUGAGAAAUUAUUAUUUAUUUAAUAUUUUACACUGUAUUUCAUAAUUGUUUUAAUAUGCUUUUGAUAAAGAAGUAUGCUUUAGGUUGAAUGUUAAAUUAACUAAUUGAAUUUGCAUCAACUAUAAUAAAAGUAAAAAUUUAAUUCAGACCUUUGUGUGCACAAUGGACUUGUCAUUUAUUUUAAAUGUUAUAAAUUAGAAAAUUAAUUUCAAAUAAAAUUAUUUAGCAUG